GCAGGUUGGACCGUAGCGCCCGUGUGGAGACGGAGGGUCGGAGGGGAGGGGGAGAGGGACAAAAACAGGAGAGCAAAUUGAGAGAUAAUUGCCAACUGAUCCUGUGUGUUUACUACAGCAGCAGCAUCAGUGUUUAAAUGUCAGCAGACUCCUCCAGCCUUUUGUCUGUGGAGACGCGGUCGACCUGCUCCUCUCUGACUCUAAUAAGCUGCCUGUCCUCCUCCUCCUGUGUCUGUGUGUUCAUUUAGACUGUGGGUGGGUGUCUGUGGGGGAUCAGCUCAGUGUUUUCACACGCUGAGUGUUGGACGGCCACAGACGAGGCUCUGAGAGGAGCAUGAAGCCGGCUGUGACUCCUGGAUCGGUUUAUUCUUCAUUAUUUCUGGUAGUGUUCUGCUCGGUGACAUCACACAGAAGGGCUAUGAAAAGAAGCGGUCCAAGCUGAUUGGAUCCUUCUUCCCUCAAACACCAGGAAUGGAUCCGUCCAUGGGCCAGGAGAGGAGAACUCCAGUCACCCCAUCCUCGUCCUCGCGCUACCACCGGCGGCGGUCUUCUGGCUCCAGAGACGAACGCUACCGAUCAGAUGUGCACACAGAGGCAGUCCAGGCGGCCCUGGCCAAGCACAAAGAGCGGAAGAUGGCGGUGCCGAUGCCUUCAAAGAGACGGUCCCUGGUAGUCCAGACCUCCAUGGAUGCCUACACACCACCAGAUACCUCUUCAGGCUCAGAGGGCGAAGGUCAGGGCGACGGCGAUGAAGACGGGGGAGGAGAGUGUGACGAAGAGGACGGAGGUGGCGGCGGGACGUCCAGCCGUGAGGGGAGCAUCAGCAUGGAGCACUGGAUCAGCAGAGCCAUCCACGGGACCUCCUCCACCACCACCACAACCUCCUCCACCGCCUCCUCAUCCUCCUCCUCCACACGUAGCGGAGGGAGCGGGGCAGCCGGAGGAAGGCUGGCCGACGUCCUGGCUCAACACGUCCAUAUCUCCGCCCACCACCAUCACCACCACUCACGCCACCACCACCACCAUCAUCACCACCACAAGACGGAGAACCACUCUGCCCCUCCAGAUGUCACCGGCUACACCAACAACACCGCCGAUGGGAUCCAGGUGGAGAGGGCCCCAGGUGCUGGCAACGCAGUGCAGAAACAGACGCCAAAGUACGGCAACGCCGAGCUGAUGGAGACUGGAGAUGGUGUUCCAGUCAGCAGCAGAGUUUCAGCCAAAAUCCAACAACUCGUCAACACUCUGAAGAGACCCAAACGGCCACCGCUAAGAGAGUUCUUUGUUGAUGACUUUGAGGAGCUCUUGGAAGUCCAGCAGCCUGAUCCCAACCAGCCCAAGGCAGAGGGGGCUCAGAUGGUGGCCAUGCGAGGCGAGCAGCUGGGUGUGGUGACUAAUUGGCCUCCGUCUCUGGAGGCGGCCCUGCAGAGGUGGGGCACCAUCUCUCCGAAGGCCCCGUGCCUCACCACCAUGGAUACCAACGGAAAACCGCUUUAUGUGCUCACCUACGGUAAACUGUGGUCCAGGAGUGUGAAGGUGGCGUACAACCUGCUGCACAAACUGGGAACCAAGCAGGAACCACUGGUCAGACCUGGAGACCGGGUGGCGCUGGUUUUCCCAAACAACGACCCUGCUGCCUUCAUGACGGCGUUUUACGGCUGCCUGCUGGCAGAGGUGGUCCCCGUGCCAAUAGAAGUACCACUGACCAGGAAGGAUGCUGGCAGCCAGCAGAUCGGGUUUCUGUUGGGGAGCUGUGGAGUGACGGUGGCUCUGACCAGCGACGCCUGUCAUAAAGGGUUACCCAAGAGUCCCACCGGAGAGAUCCCACAGUUCAAAGGCUGGCCUAAAGUACUGUGGAUCGUCACCGAGUCCAAACACCUCUCCAAACCUCCCCGAGACUGGUUCCCACAUAUCAAAGAUGCCAACCAGGACACUGCCUACAUCGAGUAUAAGACGUGUAAAGAUGGCAGCGUCCUCGGUGUGACGGUGAUGAGGAUAGCCAUGCUCACUCACUGCCAGGCCCUCACACAGUCCUGCUCCUACACAGAGGCUGAGACUGUGGUGAACGUUUUAGACUUCAAAAAGGACGUCGGACUGUGGCACGCCGUCCUGACUAGUGUUAUGAACAUGAUGCAUGUCAUCAGUAUCCCGUACGCCCUCAUGAAGGUCAACCCUCUGUCCUGGAUCCAGAAAGUCUUCCAGUAUAAAGCUAAGGUGGCGUGUGUGAAGUCCAGGGACAUGCACUGGGCUCUGGUGGCCCAUCGGGAUCAGAGAGACAUCAACCUGAGCUCUCUGAGAAUGCUGGUGGUGGCCGAUGGAUCAAAUCCCUGGUCGAUCUCCUCCUGCGACGCCUUCCUCAACGUCUUCCAGUCUAAAGGUCUGAAGCCAGAGGUCAUCUGUCCCUGUGCCAGCUCCCCCGAGGCUCUGACUGUGGCUAUAAGGAGGCCCUUGGAGGAGGGCAUCACCCCUCCUGGUCGGGGCGUCCUGUCCAUGCAGGGUCUGAGUCACGGCGUGAUCCGGGUCGACUCGGAGGAGAAGCUGUCGGUCCUCACGCUGCAGGAUGUUGGUUCUGUCAUGCCCGGAGGUUUGAUGUGUACGGUGAGGCCUGAAGGCGUCCCUCAGCUCUGUAAAACCGAUGAGAUCGGAGAGUUGUGCGUCUGCACUGUCGCCACUGGAACCUCUUACUACGGUCUCGCCGGCAUGACCAAGAACACCUUUGAGGUUUUCCCCGUGUCAAACAACGGCGCUCCCAUCAGCGAGUUUCCCUUCACCAGGACGGGCCUGCUGGGAUUCAUCGGACCUGCAGGUCUGAUCUUUGUGGCAGGGAAGAUGGACGGCCUCAUGGUGGUUGGGACGCGUCGGCACAACGCUGAUGAUAUCGUCGCCACGGCGCUGGCUGUGGAGCCCAUGAAGUUUGUCUACAGGGGGAGGAUAGCGGUGUUCUCUAUCACGGUUCUUCAUGAUGAGAGGAUUGUGGUCGUAGCGGAGCAGCGGCCUGACUCCACGGAGGAGGACAGCUUCCAGUGGAUGAGCCGCGUUCUGCAGGCUAUAGAUGGUAUCCAUCAGGUGGGGGUGUACUGCCUGGCUCUGGUCCCCUCCAACACUCUGCCUAAGACUCCCCUGGGUGGCAUCCACCUGUCAGAGACCAAGCAGCUGUUCUUGGAGGGGGCGCUGCACCCUUGCAACGUGCUCAUGUGUCCACACACCUGUGUCACCAACCUGCCCAAACCCAGGCAGAAACAGCCAGAGAUCGGUCCUGCGUCAGUGAUGGUCGGGAAUCUGGUGUCGGGGAAGCGGAUCGCUCAGGCCAGCGGCAGAGAUCUGGGUCAGAUCGAAGACAAUGACCAGGCAAGGAAGUUCCUCUUCCUGUCAGAGGUGUUACAGUGGCGAGCUCAGACCACGCCAGACCACGUCCUCUACACGCUGCUCAACUCCAGGGGUACGAUAGCCAGCUCUCUGACAUGUGUCCAGCUUCAUAAAAGGGCAGAGAAGAUCGCAGGCAUGCUGGCUGAACGGGGCCACCUACAGGACGGAGACCACGUGGCACUGGUCUACCCUCCAGGCAUCGACCUCAUCGUGGCGUUUUACGGCUGUCUGUACGCCGGUUGUGUGCCGAUCACUGUGCGACCGCCUCAUCCUCAGAACAUCACCACCACGCUGCCGACCGUCAAAAUGAUAGUGGAGGUGAGCCGCUCAGUGUGCGUGAUGACCACUCAGCUCAUCUGCAAACUGCUGCGGUCGAAGGAAGCCUCGGCCACCGUGGAUGUCCGGACAUGGCCUCCUGUCAUGGACACAGACGAUUUGCCAAAGAAGAAACCUCCUCUGCUGUAUAAACCGUCCAACCCCGACACCCUGGCCUACCUGGACUUCAGCGUCUCCACCACGGGCAUGCUCGCUGGAGUCAAGAUGUCUCACACAGCCACCAGUGCCUUCUGCCGCUCCAUCAAGCUGCAGUGCGAGCUCUAUCCAUCCAGGGAGGUCGCCAUCUGCCUGGACCCGUACUGCGGCCUGGGCUUCGUCCUCUGGUGCCUUUGCAGUGUGUACUCAGGUCACCAGUCCAUCCUGAUCCCUCCGUCCGAGCUGGAGGUGAACCCGGCUCUGUGGCUCUCAGCUGUCAGUCAGUACAAAGUCAGAGACACUUUCUGCUCCUACAGCGUCAUGGAGCUGUGCACCAAAGGCCUCGGCCUGCAGACUGAUGCCCUGAAGUCUCGAGGGGUGGACCUGUCUCGGGUCAGGACUUGUGUGGUUGUAGCUGAAGAGCGUCCCAGGACGGCGCUGACGCAGUCCUUCUCCAAACUCUUCAAGGACCUGGGACUUCACCCUCGAGCUGUUAGCACCUCCUUCGGCUGCAGAGUCAACCUGGCAAUCUGCCUGCAGCCUCACAGGCUGGGAAAGUUUGCCGACCAGGGCACCUCAGGACCCGACCCCACGACUGUGUACGUCGACAUGAGAGCGCUACGACACGACAGGGUCAGACUGGUGGAGAGGGGGUCCCCACACAGCCUGCCUCUGAUGGAGUCUGGGAAGAUCCUACCAGGUGUUCGAAUCAUCAUCGCCAACCCAGAGACAAAGGGACCAAUGGGAGAGUCACAUCUGGGAGAGAUCUGGGUGCACAGCGGCCACAACGCCAGCGGCUACUUCACCGUCUACGGGGACGAGGCGCUGCAGUCCGACCAUUUCAACUCCAGACUGAGCUUCGGGGACACCCAGACCGUCUGGGCUCGGACCGGGUACCUGGGCUUCCUCCGCAGGACUGAACUGACGGACGCCAGUGGAGAGCGCCAUGACGCCCUGUACGUGGUCGGUGCCCUGGAGGAAGCCAUGGAGCUGAGAGGGAUGCGUUACCACCCCAUCGACAUCGAGACGUCUGUCAUCAGGACGCACAAGAGCAUCGCAGAGUGCGCGGUGUUCACAUGGACUAACCUGCUGGUGGUGGUGGUGGAGCUGGACGGCUCGGAGCAGGAGGCCCUGGAUUUGGUCCCCCUGGUGACCAACGUGGUCCUGGAGGAGCACUACCUGAUCGUGGGCGUGGUAGUGGUGGUCGACAUCGGCGUCAUACCUAUAAACUCCCGCGGCGAGAAGCAGCGCAUGCACCUGCGUGACGGCUUCUUAGCCGACCAGCUGGACCCCAUCUACGUGGCCUACAACAUGUAGCACGCCCCCUAGUGGAUGCCGCAGGUGGAUGGAGGAUUAUUUGGGAAAAGGCGGUCAGCUCCUGGGACUGAGAGGAUUAAAACAGGAUUCUGAUGGGAGUUUAAGCCCUGAUUUUUGUCUGGCAGGAUUAUUCUCUGCCUCUAAUUAGCUCCUAAAAAUCCAGAGGUUCUAUUUAGGAUAUUAGAGUUCAGACUGUGGUAUGAUUGGAGGAAAUGAGAGUGGGAAGUCCCUAUUUUUGGUGACUGUUUAACUAAAAGUAGCACUCCUGCAGCCUGAAGGAUUGAGGACGAUGGUAGCAAAGAUUCAGGCUUUAAACAACGCGUGGCUCAUUUUACCCUUACUUUGGUUUGUUUCCUUUUUUAACAUGUCCUCCAGUAAAGGUUAAGGCUAUUUUUUAAAAAGGAUAUUUACACAAAUACCAAACAAACUGUAGCAAAAAUGAUAUUUACGUUUUUACGAUGAUAUCCAUUUCACAGAGCGAGAUAUGUUUUGAUACAAGGGUGGGGCACGAAGGCGGCCAAUCCCAGCUGUCCUUCGAUUUUACAACAAGGUACUACAUGUCAUGUCAGUUUGUUUUUUUUUUAAACCUAAGUGUUACUUUUUUUUAUCCAGCGUCGAUCCGUCCGCUCAUUCUCGGAGGGAAAUUAGCGUGCUAAUUUUUCACAAACCAACAGCUGCAGCCUUUAACGCCGUUUAUUUACGUCGAUAUCAAACCAACAAUCCAUAUCAUGUAAGUAUGUACAAAAAGAAACUGAUUUAAUUUAUUUUGUUUCUCUUUUAGAAGUAUAUGACGAGACGUUCAAGAAUGUUUCUGCUCUUGAAUAUUUGCUAAUAUAACAGAACAACAGAGCAUUGUAUUAUCUGGAGCGAAACGCUCACAUUCAGCAUAUAAAGGAGAAAUAGAAAUAUAAGAUUAUAGAGUUUAUCAGAAGACGAGGAAGGGGUUCACGCCAGGCCGGAGGAGUUCACCACACAAUGCUUUUUAUCCUCAUGUUGGUCUGAUGUUUCUGUUAAAGCCAAAAUAAGGAUUUGAGGAGUUUUAUCCCAGUUUGUGAGAAGAUUUUAAAACUAAAAAUACAGUUUAGGGAGCAAAUGUCACAGUUAGUCUGCAAAGAAAAGCUAAGACAGAUGUUGGAGCAUGAAUUAAGCUACUUUUGCGCUUAAAUUUUACAUUAUCAUGUUUUAAAAGGCUCUUAAUUUUCUUUGUAAAAUUAUGCAAUUAAAUACCUUCUAUUUCAACUGCUUUCCCUUAGAUAUCUACACAUAAAUGCCACAUUUCAGCUCUGGCAUGUGUCUACUUAUGCAUCGUUAUGGACUUGUCUAGACCUUUUGCCCCUGACAUCACACGGUCUGUUCUGUCUGCCGCUGCCCCCGCUAAAAGGUGCAUAUUACUUCCUAGAUGCUAUAGCUAAAUAAUGCUUCUGUUGGUAGAUCUGUGUUGUGCACAUUCUGAGCACAUGUGUCUGGAGAGCUUGAAAUGCCAGUAUCAGAUGCCUGUAAAAUCAUUGUCUUUUAAGAUGACUUGCAUUAAUCAGGAGUGAGCUUUGACGUGCAGCGCAUUAGUUAUGUCUUUCUGUUGGUCAGUGAUUGACACAGACGCAUACAAAGUGUUGCAGGCAUGGUGCGUAUGGCAAUGUUUUGAUAUUUCUCUGUUUCCAUUGGCUAAAAUAAAGAGAGAUGUUGUUCAAAAAUGGGACAUAUUUGUGUUUUAAAGAAUUUUGUUGGGGCACAGGGCACAAAGCUUAAAAACAGGACUGCUCUGGGUAAAUCAGGGGCACGGUCACCCUACUCUAACCGUGUAACAUCUAAGGCUAAAGCUAACAAAGCUACAUUAGCUAUGUAGAUAACAGCUACAGUGCUUAAUGUAAAGCUGACAAAACUAUGUAGGUUCUGUAGCUACAAGGCUAAACCUGAAGCUCACUAAGCUACAUCAGCUAUGUAAACUAUGUAGUUACAGAGCUACAUAAUAAAUGUAGCUAAAGCAAAUAAAGCCGUGUUACAUAUGUUUAUGCUACACUGCUAAAGCUAGACCCGUUCUAGAAGUAGCUAAGUGAACCGUGACUCACUUUAGCCUCAUUAGCAUUAGCUUAAACUAACGUAGCUACACUGGCUUAUGUAGUAACGUUAUCUAAGUAGCUAGCGGAGCUAUUUCAGCGGGUGUUAGUGAGUCUCUGUUGACAUAAUUACUUCAGAACAGGUCCAUAUUAGGGCUGCCAAAGAAUAGUUUUUUAAAGUGCGUUUAAUCUCACAGCUCUGCAGCUAAUCGUGAUUAAUCGCACACUUUUAUCACAUUUUAAGAUUUCACUAUUUUGCAAAUGCUGGUGUUAUGGUUUAAAGGUGACCAUGUUUAAUGGUGACUUUCAACUACAUGAGAUGUUAACAGAAGAGUUAACCCCUUAAUUAACACUAAAGAGUGAUUCAUGUAGAUAAUUGCGAUAAUUACGCUUGAGUCAUAGGUCAGCAUAGGUAGAGCAGGAAAACUUUGUCAGACUUGCUCACUCAAAUGUCUUCGCCCUCCCCAGAUGUCAUGGGAUAAUAUCGGUGCAUGCAUGUUGGAUCAGUAGCUGAAAACUCGCCAUCUGGCUAAAGUUUGCCUCCUCGUUCUGGCUUGGAUCAGCUUUGGAGGCGACUAAAGCAUCUGUUUCAGGUCUUAGCAUGGCUGCACGUGCUAACGUUACUGUCCCAGUGAUAAAGUUCAACAGUCUCACCCACAGUGUUAAUAUAACAGAGAUAAAUGCUAAUACCACUGUAAGAAAAAGGGGUUUGCAUUUAACAGGCAAAAAUAAAUCAAGAAAAUGUAUUUUGUUACUUCAGAAAGUGAUGGCAGGUAUCUAGGUAGAAAAUUAAAGAUCUUUAUUGCUUUAACUGAGGAUCAACUAUGUUUUUGCUAACCAUCUUAGGCCCCUCUAUGAUGCUGGGCCCCUAAAGUUCCCCCCCUUAUGAGUGCUCUUGGUUUUUGUAUGAAAUUAUGACAUUGAAAUUAUGAAAAGGAUCUGUUAGGGACAGAUAUUUAGCCCAUUGGCCUAUAGGUGCAAAUGAUCUGCAGCUAUCCAUUCACAAAUAUCAAAAGGUUUUGUAAACAGAGACAUAAAAACACAGAAACAACAUAAAAAUGCCUCUCUUAAUGCCUUGAAAUACUUCUAGACCUACUCAGAGAUGUAAAAUAUCUUCCAGGGAGUUUAUUUCACUUAAAAUUACUAAAAGAAAUUGAGGAAGACUUUUUUUCUCUGUCUGAUAUUUUAACCAGAUACUGAACAAUCAUACCUAUGAUCCUUUACUGACCUCUAGUGGUGACUGGGAGGAAUAAAAACUAUCUUACUGUGUUUAAUGUGGUCAGAAGUCUCCAUACAGAGGUGAAUGUGAUGUCUUUUUCUGUUCCAAAUAAAUAAAUAGGAUUAAUUUAACAUUUCUGAGCUGGGAUAAAACUCCUUAAACCAACAGACCAACAUCUUUAUUACUGGAUUAUUUUUGUUUUCACUCCAUCGGCUGGGAAAAGUGAACCCUCGCUUCCUCUCAGAGUGGUCCCGUAGAGCCAGGCGGGUCAGGAGCCGCUCUUCUGUAAAUACCAGAGUGAGAAGUCGUUGAUAUUUUUACAUGAACCAAUCAGGGCUCACACAGCACGAUGUCACGACAGGAAGAGGAGGAAGGACUGAAGCAGGAAGAGGAGGACGUUUGUUUUUAACCAGAGACCCUUUAAACUCAUCACAGAAACGUGGAGGAGGGCGCCAGAGAGGGACGUCCCAUCUGUGGAUUUUAAGGUCGGAGAAUGUUCAUCACAUGAGGAUGUUUUUAAAAGAAAAAAAGCACUUUCUUCACCGUUUGUUUCUCUUUCUUUAUCAGCAAAAUGUAUGUCCCCAGUAAGUUUUUUUAAGGUUUUAAAUGUCUUAUUUGAGUUGACAUAAAGUCUUUCAAUUAAAUAAAUAUUUCAACAAU